CCUGUCUGCCCCAGCCCGGACACCCAGCCCACCCGGACACACCGAGCGCUCCUGCAGCAACGCGAGUGUGCCUGCUUUCUCAGGGAACUUGGAUCGGGACAGCUCUGCCCCAACAUGGCCAACAAGGGUCCUUCCUAUGGCAUGAGCCGCGAAGUGCAAUCCAAAAUUGAGAAGAAGUAUGACGAGGAGCUGGAGGAACGGCUAGUCGAGUGGAUCGUCAUGCAGUGUGGGCCCGACGUGGGUCGCCCGGACCGUGGGCGCCUGGGCUUCCAGGUGUGGCUGAAGAAUGGCGUGAUUCUGAGCAAGCUGGUGAACAGCCUGUAUCCGGAGGGCUCCAAGCCAGUGAAGGUGCCGGAGAACCCGCCCUCCAUGGUGUUCAAGCAGAUGGAGCAGGUGGCUCAGUUCCUGAAGGCUGCCGAGGACUAUGGGGUCACCAAGACUGACAUGUUCCAGACUGUUGACCUCUUUGAAUGCAAAGAUCUGGCAGCAGUGCAGAGGACUCUGAUGGCUUUGGGCAGCUUGGCAGUAACCAAGAAUGAUGGACACUACCGUGGCGAUCCUAACUGGUUUAUGAAGAAAGCCCAGGAGCACAAGAGGGAAUUCACAGAGAGCCAGCUGCAGGAGGGGAAGCAUGUCAUUGGCCUGCAGAUGGGCAGCAACAGAGGGGCCUCCCAGGCUGGCAUGACGGGCUACGGCCGGCCCCGGCAGAUCAUCAGCUAGAGCCCUGCCCUCUCCAGCUGUAGCCGUCCUGCAUAGCCAGCCAGCCUCACUCACACCUGUGUAGCUUCUUAGCCCUGGCCAAGCUUUGGGGCUGUCACUGGGCAAAGGUGACCGCACAUGGGCAGCUUCUCCACGUCCCUGCUUUGGCCAGCUUCUUACCUCCAAGCACCACAGCCCUGACCCCUCUGCCAGAUGCACUCCCACUUCUACUGUCUCUCUCUGUCCUGGGCUAAGCAGGGGGCAGUGGGCUUGGGUAUAUGGCCAGCACCACUGUCCUCCUUGGCCACAAAGGUGUCUUGAAGGAGACCCGGUCCAACCUCCUCGCCUCGCCCUCUCCCAUCUCCUUUUGCUGGAAUUUUUUUGGGAUUGAAAUUCAAAAAAAGAAACAAAUAUAUACAUGUCUUUUUUCUCA